AUGUCCCCCAAAGAGGAACUAGAAGCCAAAAAGCGCCGCAGGCGAAGCGACUACGUCUUCCACCAGGAACACCGCACCCGAUGGCAAGCACCCAUCCUCUCCCCUACCAACCACCAACUAAUGCAGGCCAGGUUCGACAACGACAUGUACGCCCACCUCAACAACACCGUGUACGCCAUGCUCUUCGACUCGAUCGUAAAUAGCUGGCUCAUAGUCGAGUGCGGGAUGGAUCCGUUCAACAGGAACAAGUCCGCCGACGGUGACACUGAGCGGAACAUCUCGCAGCAAGUCGGGAUCAUGGUCAACUCGUACUGCGACUACUUCGCCUCGGUGUCGUACCCGGAUGUACUGGAUCUGGGGCUGCGGGUUGCGAGGCUGGGGUCGUCGAGCGUGACGUAUGAGGUUGGGGUGUUUCGGCGGGGGGAGGAGGAUGUGAAGGUUGUCGGGGGGUAUACGCAUGUGUUUUGUGCGAGGGAGACGAUGAGGCCGGCGGAGGGGGGGAUGGAGGAGAGGGUGCGACGGGGGUUGGAGAGGUUGGUUGUUAGGGGGGGGGCUAAGUUGUGA